GGGCCGCUGCGGCGGCUCGGGCCAGGCACACUGACACACUCGCACGCGCGCCUCAGCCCACCGCCUGCUCCCUCAGUCCGGCCCUGAAGAUGGCGGCUCUCAAACUGCUCCCCUCCCGGCUACAGCUCUGCGCCCCCAUCCGCGUGUCCCGGAGCGCCUGGGCCAAGGGAUGUGUUUGCUACUUUUCAACCAGUACUCGUCGCCAUACCAAAUUUUAUACAGAUCCGGUGGAAGCUGUAAAAGACAUCCCUGAUGGUGCAACAGUUCUGGUUGGUGGUUUUGGACUAUGUGGAAUUCCAGAGAACUUGAUAAAUGCUUUACUAAAGACUGGAGUGAAAGGACUGACUGCUGUUAGCAACAAUGCAGGGGUUGACAACUUUGGCUUGGGCCUUUUACUUCGAUCCAAGCAGAUAAAACGCAUGGUCUCUUCGUACGUGGGAGAAAAUGCAGAAUUUGAACGACAGUACCUAUCUGGUGAAUUAGAAGUAGAGCUGACACCUCAGGGCACGCUUGCAGAGAGGAUUCGUGCCGGGGGGGCCGGAGUUCCUGCGUUUUACACCAGCACAGGGUACGGGACCCUGGUACAAGAAGGAGGAUCACCUAUUAAAUACAACAAAGAUGGCAGUGUUGCCAUUGCCAGUAGGCCAAGAGAGGUGAGAGAGUUUAAAGGUCAGCACUUUAUUUUGGAGGAAGCAAUUACAGGGGAUUUUGCUUUGGUGAAAGCCUGGAAGGCGGAUCGAGCAGGGAAUGUGAUUUUCAGGAAAAGUGCAAGGAAUUUCAAUUUACCAAUGUGCAAAGCUGCAGACACCACAGUGGUAGAGGUUGAAGAAAUUGUGGAUAUUGGAUCAUUUGCUCCAGAAGACAUUCAUAUUCCUAAGAUUUAUGUACAUCGUCUAAUAAAAGGAGAAAAAUAUGAAAAACGAAUUGAGCGUUUAUCAAUACGGCAACAGGAAGAUGAAAAAGCCAAAUCUGGUAAAUCCAAAGACAAUGUGAGGGAACGUAUCAUCAAACGGGCAGCUCUUGAAUUCGAAGAUGGCAUGUAUGCUAAUUUGGGAAUAGGAAUUCCACUUCUGGCCAGCAACUUUAUCAGCCCAAAUAUGACUGUUCAUCUUCAAAGUGAGAAUGGAGUCCUUGGUUUGGGUCCGUAUCCACUACAACAUGAAGCUGAUGCAGAUCUAAUCAAUGCAGGCAAGGAAACAGUUACUGUUCUCCCAGGAGCCUCUUUUUUCUCCAGCGAUGAGUCAUUUGCAAUGAUUAGAGGGGGACAUGUCAAUCUAACAAUGCUAGGAGCAAUGCAGGUUUCCAAAUAUGGUGACCUGGCUAACUGGAUGAUACCUGGGAAGAUGGUGAAAGGAAUGGGAGGUGCCAUGGAUUUGGUGUCCAGUGCCAAAACCAAAGUGGUCGUCACCAUGGAGCAUUCUGCAAAGGGAAAUGCACAUAAAAUCAUGGAGAAAUGUACAUUACCACUGACUGGAAAGCAAUGUGUCAACCGCAUUAUUACUGAAAAGGCUGUGUUUGACGUGGAUAAGAAAAAAGGGCUGACUCUGAUAGAGCUCUGGGAAGGCCUGACGGUGGACGACAUACAAAAGAGUACUGGGUGUGAUUUUGCAGUUUCACCGAAACUGAUGCCAAUGCAGCAGAUUGCAGCUUGAAAUAUGGAAUAGACAUUUGUCCCAGACCACGUGUUUUUCACUUUAAAUACGUAGGAUUUAGUUGAAAGGACAUUAGUAAUCAUAACUGUAUAUUUAACAGGAAGUUUUUGAUUAGUUUUCUUCUAGUAUUUUAGCCUUUAAGCAGCCAUAUAGACUGUUCUCUCAAGUGUGCUAUGACAUUUUAAAAAAGAAACAUUUACGGUUUUCUUGUUUCAUAAGUACUGAGAAGGUUCUCUUUACAAUUGGUGCUCACAUUAGGUGUAUCUUAACCUUCUAUGAUAUGUGUGUAAAUUAUAUGCAGUUUCAUCACAAUGGACCUUAGGAACUGCUUUGUUGUUAGGCUUUCCUUCAUAACUAAGUUAUUACUCAGUAGUACUGAAAGAAAAAUGAUUUACAUGUGAAUAUGUGAUUAGGAGAAAUGCUAUCUUAAUGAUUGCUUUCCUUAGCCUCCUCUGACUUUUCUUUUGAGGCCUCUGAUUUUAUGAUUACAUCUUAUUUCCCUAGAGCAUCCUCCUUUUCCCCACAUGUCUUAUAGCUAAGUGGAUACUCAAGAACGCAAGCAGGAACAUCUCUGGUAGGAGAAGAAACUGGUUUGUGGGAGAGACUGAAAGGUAAAGAAUGUAUUGGUGCUGACAUCCCACCAAGAAGUUGCCUUUAUAAAGAAACCAACCAUCUGUGCUUUGCCAAAAACUGAGGCUUAUUAUAUAUAGGUUUCUUCCUAUAGAAACCUAACUGGUCUUCUUGGAAAAUUUUCUCAUUUUGAAUCAGUGUCAUAUUCAUCUGUAUCAACAAGUGUCUGUAAGAUUAUUUCUCUGCAUUAUUGAGACCCAGUGGGUUACUUGUACAAUACCUUCUCUUAAGCCAAGAGGAACUAUGGGAUAAUUGAUCAUAACUCCUUAGUCACAAUGAUAGCAGAGUUUUUAAAAAUUAAAUAAAAGUUAUUUCUUUCAGGCUUUCAUUUAUGUCUAGAAAAGAUUCUAAAUAUUGAAUGACUUUUCUACAGAACAGUGGUUUUUUUCUUCUGUAAGGCUACUUCUUUUAACAAAGUACUUUCACUUCAGCCUUAUCCACAAAGGGGAAAUGAUGAUGGACAAGUCCAAGAUGUGAAGAGUUGGCAAACUCUUAUUGUUGAGGAAUAAACAUGGUAGACUCGGAUCGUAAGGAACUUUUCCUCAGAGAUAUCCUCAAUACCAUAUAGUUGCUCAGGGGGACCUCUUCAGAAGCAUUCUGGAUAUCACAUGGGAGAACUAAGCACCCUGGACAGAGGCAGGCAAGGUACAGUGCAAUGUAUCAUUCCUCUGGGACUAAAUAUAGGGAUUUAUGCAUAUUUUGAGGUGUUAGUUGUCAUUGAAACUCACUUCUUUUCACAUACAGUUACAAUUGUGUCUUGUACAAUAUUAGAGGGAGGAGAAAGGCUUUUGUGUCUCAUACACUCUGUAUAAAAUAGCAGGAAAGCUGGCUGCAUGGUUGAAAGCUUACUCUCCUAGGAUUCAUGAAAAGGACUCUUAGAAUAUGCAAGUUUCAUGAGCAUAAUAUAUGCCUCUAUUGGAGUUAUGAUUUGGAAAAAUAUUUUGUUGUUGAUGGUUAUUAUAUCUUCAAACUUUUUUGUCAUUUCAGUCUGUUACUUUAUGAUAACGAGAUUUUAAGAAUGUUAUAAACUUUGAGUGGCAAAACUUA